AUGUCCUCCCCUCCGACAUCCAAACGGAUUAAGACCUCGGCUACAACCAGCGCGCCACCACAUCUCCUCGCCCAACAACAAAUUCACCCCUUCCACCACCGCGUACAGGGAUUUGAAGGUAUCCCAAUCCCUACCGCCCCGAUUCCCCAGCAACAGCAACCACAACAACAAACAUCAUCGCGCAAACGCCCCCCUUCCCCCAUUCCCGGAUCAUCCACCAUGAUGGCCGCCUCGAUGAACCCGGCGGGGGGCACGAUGGAGGGUGAUCCUGGCGCUAUGCCUCCUCCAGUGGAAUCAACACCCAAGAAGAAAGGCCGCACGAAUACUCCAUGGACCGCGGAGGAGGAGCAACGAUUGAAAACGAUGCGCGACGCGGGUCGCAGUUGGAGCGAGAUCGCUAAGACUUUCCCUACACGAACUGAGGGCAGUGUAAAGAAGCACUGGUACAAGGAUAUGCAUUACGCCGAAUUCGCUGAGGAUGAGUCUAUAAAACUUCGCGAAGCAAUUAAGGAUUACGAAGCAAACAAAUGGAAGGUUAUCGGGCAGAAAGUUGGCAAGCCUGCCAAGGCAUGCGAACAAUAUGCCAAGGAGCACUUCAAGAACCUCUGA